CAGGCUUCCAUGCAGAUCUCAGAUCGUCCACAGCGUAAUCACGACCUCUAAAGGCCAGCUCCACCACUUUACGGUGGUGCAAAGAAAAAGAGCUGUCGACACUUCUGUGGUGGAGCUGUGCCCUAUGUUUACAUUGACAAAUGAAAAAUCCAUAACCAAAAUGGCACAUGGUCAGUCUGUCAGUGCUGACGGUUCCCGCAACAGAAACUUUGGCACAGUUUGGACAGUUGCAUUAUUCAACAGAAGUAAAUCGUGAAAUCAUCCAGGGUAAAAUGUGUCCGCCUGGCACUUUCUGGAAAGAAAACUAACAAAGACGGUAGCCAGGCAGUAUGUCAGGACUGUCCCGAUGGGCGUUUUACAAAGGACUUCAAAUGAGUGCUUUAUUGUAGAACGUGUACCGACAAGGGCAGUAAUGUCAGUGUAGGCAGAGGCGUGUACGCAAAUUCACGACACGAAAUGUGAGUGUAUACCGGAGUACUGGAGAAGAAGGAAGGGUCGGCGAUUGUUGAGAAGUAUCGCCGUGUAAGCCUAAAUAUCGUGUGGCGAAAUAGAGCCGAGGUGGAAAGAGACAUAGGUCAACUGAAAAGGCUAUUCGGUGUCCUCCAUGGUGAAAUCAGGUUGCAGCCGGAUAUAUAGCUUGCAGUUUCAGGAACAAUCCAUAAACAAAAUGGGGAGUGGUAUACAAGUAACUACUGGUUUGUUGGUGCUGGCUGUAUUCACACGAGGACUUUUGGCAGAAUUUGAUGACAAUUAUUAUUCAAUAGAAGUUAACCAUAAAACCAUCCAGUGUAAAAUGUGCCCGCCUGGCAGUUACUGGAUUCAACAUUGUAGUCAAGAUGGUGGCCAGGCAAAAUGUAAGGACUGUCCUGAUGGACGCUUUACAGAGCACUACAGUCGAGGGAUUUAUUGCGAAAGGUGUUCUGAAUGUAAAGGAAAUUAUAAAGAAUCACGUGAAGUUGUGGUAAAGGAGUGUACACGGUUUAAUGACACGAAAUGUGAGUGUAAACCAGGGUACUGGAGAGAAGGACAGGUCGGGGAUUGCCGAGAAGUGUCGCCGUGUGAGCCCGGAUAUGGUGUGAAAAAAAUAGCGAACAGUCACAAUGAUACAGCAUGCGAGAAAUGUGUUAACGGGAAGACCAUCUCAAACACCAGCUCCGAGGUGACGCCAUGCCAGAACUGCUCAGUUUGCCCCGAGGGAUGGGUUAAGAAAAGCUCAUGUAACAAAUAUGAGGAUACUGUCUGUGUCAAAAAAGAUGAAGUAGAGGAUAACAAGGUUGGUCUUAUUGUUGGAGUGUUCUGUGGCGUACUGACUGUACUCAUUCUUGUGGGUAUCAUCCUUUUCUACAGUUGUCCAGAAAAGACCGCUCAAGUUCUUCAAAAGUUGCGUACUAGCUGUAGAAAAAGGCAACGUCAUGAAAAACACGAUGACGUGGAACAAGCCACCCCACUACAGGAAGGCAAUGCUAUUGAGAUGCUUCCAGUAAAUGGAGGAGACAACAGUUAGUACCCCCCUUACGUUAGAAUACUUACUGCACGAACAGGUGUCAACUUGCCACACUCAUAUGCGAGCUCGAGAAUCUCAUUGGCAGAAGCAUAAGCUUGAAGACUACGAAACAUAUACCAUGUGUAUCAACAGGGGUUGAACUGACUAUGUACAGUAGAACUUUGUAAGAUUGGCAUGUACAGUAAAACACUGUAAGAAUGGCAUGUACGGUAAAACACGGCUAGAAUGGCAUGUAUGGUAAAACACGGCUAGAAUGGCAUGUACGGUAGUACCCGGUUAGAACGGCAUGUACGGUAGGGCACGUCUAGAAUGGCAUGUACGGUAGCCAAUGACUGAUUUAUGAGAGUAUUAGCGAGUAUACAUCUUUGAGGCUGUUACAUGUACAUGUGUUUUUAAUUCUGUACUUUAUUGUUACUGUUCAACCCCUUUGUAUUGUUUUUGUUUUGUUUAUUAGUCUUGUUUCAUGUGCAUGUUGACAUACAUUAACAUCAACUUUUUUUUUCAUAAAUUUAUGACAUUAGUUUGUAUUUAUUUAGAAUAUUUCUAUUUAUUCCAUGUAGAAGUUUUCGAAUAAACACAAUAUUUUUAAAAUUUAAGAGAGUUCCUGACGAUUUUGUUGAAUGUUCAGGAACAUUUUCAUUUUGCAUAUUAGGGCUGACUUUUCUUAUCUGGUGUCUUUCAUAAAGUUCAAGUACCCUUUAAAAAAAGUCUCUUUAAAAUGUUAACCCGAGUGCUAAAUCAUGUCUCAAUCUUGCAUUAAAUUACAUUUCAACCUUUUUGUGGGAAUAAUUAUGAGUGUCUAGAAAAUGGUCUAUUCAAUGAGUCUAUAUUUAAUUUGACAUUAGAAAAUACGAGCAUAACAGAGGGCAUUUUAAGAACAUUUGGACAUUUUUCAUUAUUACAGGCAUUAUUUUUUUAUUACAGGCAUUAUUUUUAACCAGGUUUUCAACGAAAACCAGGUUAUUAGAAUGAGGUUGUCGUUGGGCGGGCGGAUGGGCGGGCGGGCGUCAAACAUUGGUUUCUGUUCAAUAACUUUAGUAAGCAUUGAUAGAUAUUGAUGAAACUUGGUGUGUAGGUAGCUUAUGGAAAGAGCUAGCUUGGGAUUGCUUUUGAGGGGGGUAGGGCUAAGGUCAUGGUCACUGUUACUAAAAAUAGAAAAAUGGUUUCUGCCCAAUAACUUUAGUUAGCAUUGAUAGAUAUUGACGAAACUUGGUGUGUAAGUUGCUUAUGUGAAGAGCUAGCUUGGGAUUGCUUUUGAGUGGGGAGGGCCUAAGGUCAAGGUCACUAUUACUUAAAAUAGAAAAAUGGUCAAGGUCACUGUUACUUAAAAUAGAAAAAUGAUUUCUGCCCAAUAACUUUAAUUAGCAUUGACCGAUAUUGAUGAAACUUGGUGUGUAGGUAGCUUAUGUACAGAGCUAGCUUGGGAUUGCUUUUGAGUGGGGAGGGGCUAAGGUCAAGGUCGCAUGUUACUAAAAAUAGAAAAAUGGUUUCUGCCCAAUAACAUAAGUGAGCAUUGAUAGAUAUUGAUGAAACUUAGUGUGUAGGUAGCUUAUGUGAAGAGCUAGCUUGAAAUUGCUUUUGAGUGGGAAGGGGCUACGGUCAAGGUCACUAUUACUAAAAAUAGAAAAAUGGUUUCCGCCCAAUAACUUUAGUUAGGAUUGACAGAUAUUGAUGAAACUUGGUGUGUAGGUAGCAUGUGAAGACCUAGCUUGGGACUGCUUUUGAGUGGGGAGGGGCUACGGUCAAUGUCACUGUUACUUGAAAUAGAAAAAUGUUUUUUGCCAAAUUACUUUUGAUAGCAUUGAUAGAUAUUGAUUAAACUUGGUGUGUGGGUAGCUUAUGUAAAGAGCUAGCUUGGGAUUGUUUUUGAGGGGGGUCGGGCUAAGGUCAAGGUCACUGUUACUAAAAAUUUAAAAAUGGUGUCCGCCCAAUAACUUAAGUUAGCAUUGAUAUAUAUUGAUAAAACUUGGUGUGUAGGUAGCUUGUGUACAGAGCUAGCUUUGGAUUGCUUUUGAGGGGGGUGGAGCUAAGGUCGAGGUCACUGUUACCAAAAAUAGAAAAAUGGUUUCUGCCCAAUAACUAAAGUUAGGAUUGAUAUAUAUUGACAAAAUUUUGUGUGCAGGUACUUGUAGCUUACGUGAAGAGCAAGCUUUGAAUUUCUUUUGAGGGGGGUGGGGUCAAGGUCAUUGUUACUAAAAAUAGAAAAAUGGUUUCUGCCCAAUAACUUUAGUAAGCAUUGAUAGAUAUUGAUGAAACUUAGAGCGAAGGUAGCUUAUGUGAAGAGCUAGCUUGGGAGGUGGGGUCAAGGUCACUGUUCCUAAAAAUAGAAAAAUGUUUUUCUGCCCAACAACUUAGUUAGAAUUGAUGGAUAGUGAUGAAUCUUAGUGUGAAUAUAGCUUAUAUGAAGCUGCAGAUUGAACUUGCUCAUACAACAAAUUAAUUGGCUAUAAUUUCUGAUUGCCCAUAACAAAAACCUGGUUUCGUCGCAUUGAGGCGUUUCUAGUUAUUUUUCAAAUUAUUUUUAUUGAUUUGUUGUUGAAUAAAUAUGUUGUUUAAAGUUU